AUGGUAUCCUUCGACCCGACCCGCGACAUCCCCCCCCUUAGUGGCAAAGUAAUCCUCGUGACCGGCGGCAACAUCGGCCUAGGAAAACAAUGCAUCCUCGAAUAUGCACGGCACGACCCCGCUUGCAUCUACCUCGCAGCACGCAGCGCAGGCAAAGCUCAAGCCGCCAUAAACGAGAUCAAGCAACAACUCGGUGCCUCAAGUUCUACACCGAUUAAGUUCCUCGAACUCGAACUAUCAUCCCUAGAUUCAGUCAAGAAUGCCACCGAAAAGUUGCUCGAGCAAGAGUUCCGCCUUGAUAUUUUGAUGAUGAACGCGGGCAUCAUGGCUGCAGCUCCGGGACUUACUGAGAAUGGGUAUGAGAUGCAAUUCGGUGUGAACUACCUCGGGCACGCGCUCCUAUUUCAGCUUCUGUGCCCGUUGUUGGAGAAAACGAGUCAGCUGCCAGACGCGGAUGUACGAGCCAUCAUGGUGACAUCCGUGGGCCACCAACUGGCACCGAAAGAGGGCAUCCCCUUUGACCAGCUAAAGACGGAUUGCUCAAAAUUCGGACCUUUCGAACGUUAUGGCUCCAGCAAACUCGCUCAGAUUCUCUGGGUGCGCCAUGGGGCUACUCUUCAUCCUAACAUCACGUUUGCGGCGGCGCAUCCUGGGCUCGUGGGGGGAACAGGCUUGGGUGCAAGUGCGACUGGAACUGGAGGUUUCGCAAACCUACUCAUGGCAAUGUCUCCCCUUGCGGCGACAUCUCUGGAGAAAGGAGCGAGAAAUCAGCUUUGGGCGUCUGUGGGAAAGGACGUGAAGAGCGGCGAGUGGUAUGCACCGGAGACCUGUCUUGGAGUGAUGCAGGUUGGAGUAGGCUCUCAGAGCGGUGCAAGUGCUCUUGCUAAGGACGACGCAUUGGCGAAGAAGCUAUGGCAAUGGGCGGAGGAACGAUUGCAGUCAUAUGCAAUCUCAUCCUAG